AUGUUACAAUUUUUAGCUCCAUUUUAUUCCAAUCUCAGUGGUCUUAUUCUGUGUCCUUUGUUAGGAAGCAUUAUUCUUUUUGUUAUCCCUGAUCCCAGAAUACGACUGAUACGAAGUAUUGGUUUGUGCACCUCUUUGAUUACUUUUUUAUAUUCCCUUCUUUUUUGGAUACAAUUUGAUAAUUCUACAGCCAAAUUUCAAUUCGUGGAAACCAUUCGAUGGCUUCCUUACUCAAACAUCAAUUUUUAUAUAGGUAUAGACGGUAUCUCUUCAUUUUUCGUGGUCUUGACCACAUUUUUAAUUCCUAUUUGCAUUUUAGUAGGUUGGUCCAGUAUUAAAAGUUAUAAAAAAGAGUAUAUGAUAGCAUUUCUAAUUUUAGAAUCUUUCAUGAUUGCUGUGUUUUGCAUGCUGGAUCUCUUACUAUUUUAUGUUUUUUUUGAAAGCGUUUUAAUCCCUAUGUUUAUUAUCAUAGGGGUAUGGGGUUCUAGACAAAGAAAAAUACAAGCAGCAUAUCAGUUUUUCUUAUAUACUUUACUUGGAUCUGUCUUCAUGCUCUUAGCCAUUUUAUUUAUUUUUUUCCAAACAGGAACCACUGAUUUACAAAUAUUAUUAACCACAGAAUUUAGUGAGCGGCGCCAAAUAUUGCUAUGGAUUGCUUUUUUUGCCUCUUUUUCCGUAAAAGUGCCUAUGAUACCAGUUCAUAUUUGGUUACCUGAAGCUCACGUAGAGGCACCUACGGCUGGAUCUGUAAUCUUGGCAGGAAUUCUUUUAAAAUUAGGAACCUAUGGUUUUUUAAGAUUUUCCAUACCCAUGUUUCCUGAAGCAACACUUYAUUUUACCCCUUUCAUUUAUACUCUAAGCGUUAUUGCUAUUAUAUAUACUUCCUUGACUACAAUAAGACAAAUCGAUCUGAAGAAAAUUAUUGCCUACUCUUCAGUAGCUCAUAUGAAUUUUGUGACUAUUGGUAUGUUCAGUCUAAACAUACAAGGAAUUGAAGGUAGUAUUUUACUUAUGUUAAGUCAUGGACUGGUUUCUUCAGCCCUUUUUUUAUGUGUUGGUGUUUUAUAUGACCGACAUAAGACUCGACUUGUUAAAUAUUAUGGAGGUUUAGUCAGCACCAUGCCAAUGUUCUCUACGAUUUUCUUAUUCUUUACCUUAGCCAAUAUGAGUUUACCAGGUACUAGCAGCUUUAUUGGAGAAUUUCUUAUUUUAGUAGGAGCUUUCCAAAGAAAUAGCUUAGUGGCUACAUUAGCGGCACUUGGAAUGAUUUUAGGCGCAGCUUAUUCUCUUUGGUUAUAUAAUCGUGUGAUUUUUGGGAAUUUCAAACCCAAAUUCCUCCAAAAAUUCUCCGAUUUAAAUAGAAGAGAAGUUCUAAUAUUUUUCCCUUUUAUUGUCGGAGUUAUUUGGAUGGGUGUUUACCCCGAAGUUUUCCUAGAGUGUAUGCAUACUUCCGUAAGUAACUUAGUGCAACAUGGAAAAUUUGAUUAA